GUUCGAGUAUUUGUGUUCUAGAGACCGCCGGUUUUGGCUUUGGGAGGUCCAGUCCCAGUGUUCCGGGCAAGCAGAAUGCAAAGUCCCCCCAAAUCAGUCGGCCAUUCGAAGCGCAUCUGAGAAACCCUAGGAAAGGAACUAAGGACGAAAAUGGCGUCCUCAUCGGUGAAUUUGGAGGACGUCCCUUUGAUGGAUCUCAUGAUGGAACUCCUGCGCCGCAUGAAGUGUUCCACCAAGCCCGACAAACGCCUCAUUCUCAUCGGUCCUCCUGGAUCUGGAAAAGGUACUCAAUCACCAGUAAUUAAGGAUGAGUACUGCUUAUGUCAUUUGGCUACUGGUGAUAUGCUAAGGGCUGCUGUUGCUGCUAAAACCCCUCUUGGUAUUAAGGCCAAACAAGCUAUGGACAAGGGUGAACUUGUCUCUGAUGAUUUGGUGGUUGGGAUAAUUGAUGAAGCUUUGAAGAAGCCUUCAUGUCAAAAAGGUUUCAUCCUUGAUGGAUUUCCAAGGACUGUUGUCCAAGCAGAGAAGCUUGAUGAGUUACUCAAAAGUCGUGGGGUUAAGGUAGAUAAGGUCCUGAACUUUGCAAUUGAUGAUUCGAUAUUGGAGGAAAGGAUUACUGGUCGCUGGAUGCACCCUGCUAGUGGUCGCACCUACCAUACUAAAUAUGCACCUCCUAAAGUUCCUGGUGUAGAUGAUGUCACGGGAGAACCUCUGAUUCAACGUAAAGAUGAUACAGCAGCUGUUCUUAAGUCAAGGCUGGAGGCAUUUCAUAAGCAGACUGAACCGGUAAUUGACUACUAUUCCAAGAAGAGUAUCGUUGCAAACCUCCCGGCUGACAAACCCCCGAAGGAAGUCACAGCUGAGAUUCAGAAGGUGCUGUCCUCAUGACAUGCAGACAAACCCUAAAAGUUUAGGGCCAUGGUGUAUACAAUGUUAAAUUACUACCCGGCCGCCUUUUCCUUUACCUAAACAGAACCCAACCAGUAGCAUUUUCUCAGCCGUUGAGCUAAUAGAAGUUUGUAGGACCAAUGUGGCCGCUUGCUUUUGGAUGGUUCUCUUGGUUCUUGCAAUUAGAAUAUCGGAUUUGAAAUUAGGGGCCAAAUUGGGUGUUUAUGGUUUAGCGUCCUAGAAUUAGGGGAGAACAUUCGGUUAUAACCAAUCGAACCGUUAAUUUUUUCACCAAUCGAACCAAACCAAUCAUAGCCCACUAACCGAGUCAAACAAUAGGAUAUGCUAAUCGAAAAAUCGAAAUCGAAAUAACCAGUAUAACCGAACUUCACUAAAACUUAUCGAAUGGGCGAGCAUGAUCGGAGGGAGAGAGAUGUAGCUGGGGCUGUGUCGGCCUCUACAUAGGAAGAAAACGAAACGCCAGAGACAAAGAUGAAUGGCCAGCCUUUAUUCGGUUCGACCCUUCGCUCAACCAGAGGCCCAAAUAGCCCUUCAUCUUCAACUGUCAUGUGGCCAUGAGAUAGAGAGACUGUCGUGAGGCGGCGAGAGGGAGGUGACGUUCGUGAGGUGGCAAGAGGGGGGCGACGAAGGUGAGGCAAUGACAAUGAGAUCGAGAUCAAAAGAGAGAAAGAGAGGGGUCUUGAGAACGAGAACUGAGAG